GGUUGUGCGGCUUAGGGCGGAGCAGCAACAUGGCGGCGUCUGGAGCUGGUGACCCUUUGGGUGCUAAGGAUGGAAAUGCCCCAUUCGCUCAGCGCAUCGACCCGUCGCGGGAUAAAUUGACCCCAGCGCAAGUGCAGUUUAUGCGGCAGGUGCAGCUUGCCCAGUGGCAGAAAACACUGCCACAGCGGCGGACCCGGAACAUCGUGACUGGCCUGGGCAUCGGGGCCGUGGUAUUAGCUAUUUAUGGUUACACGUUCUAUUCAGUGGCUCAGGAGCGUUUCCUUGAUGAGCUGGAAGAUGAGGCCAAAGCUGCCCGAGCCCGAGCUCUCGAGAGGGAGAGAGCAUCAGGACCCUAACUGUACGGACCAUCUUCAAACUGCUGGAGCUCCUGUACCCCUUAAAUGAUGCCUGGCGAUCUCACAGCAUCACUGGCUUACUAACUUCGAACUGUGAUUGAGCCCAAGAAGCCAGAGACUGUGUGUUUGGCCACUGCCAGAGGGGGGAUUGCUCAUUUCACAUGCAGUUUGUACAGUUACUCAGCCUUCUAAUUUCCUUGUUCGAGAGGUAUGCGACCUUGCCUUUCCUCAAACUUUGUGGUUUACCCCUUCACCUCGCAGGGGCCCAACUGUUAAGGGGGAGGGUGUGAUGUAUCUGCAGAGUUGGAACCUUAAGUGGGAAAGAUGGGGUCAAGUUAAGAGAAAUAAAAUGAGUCAUCUCUCCUGAA